ACAAUAUGUUAAAUUAUUGUGAGUUGAGUUGAUGUGAGUUUUAUAAACUGUAAAAUAUGAGUACUAAUAUUAACUGCAGCAUAGACAUAUAAUUGUCCGAGCCAGUUCUCUUUUAAAUGAAACAAAAAAAUUAUCGAUUGCCUUUGAAAAAUGUAGCUAGGUGCUAUAGUCUCUCAACUGUCAUCUUCAGACGACCCGGUCACUACUAGCUUCUCCAGAUGCAGAAAACGUCGAGAAAUCUUUUAUACCCAGCAUAUCAAUAAGGUUCAACUGACUAUUUUUAAUCACCGAUAAUUGAUGACAACAUUUUUUCUACCAUUCAACUAUGUCGUUGGCAUAAAAUUUGAUCGAUAGUUCCUACAUCUCGAUUCAAUCAUUACUUCAAGAUCUUCAACUGAGUGAAUAUGAAUAAAAGCAUUUAAAUCACGAGUUAUUAAAACAGGUGUAACCAAAUAAACGUGAAAAAAAAUAAUUUACGGAUAUCAGAAAAUUAUUAUUGUGAAAUAGGAUACGUCAAAGUAACAACCAAUUUUCGAGCUGCAUCUAGGCAACUUUAUUUGAUAAAACUAGAAAAUAAAUUAGUGAAAUUGACUGCGAUUCAAUGGAUAAUCACUAUUUCUCCAGCUAUAACCCACUCGCCUGCUCAAGUUAAAAUUUCAUCAGACCUCAGAAAAAAAAAAUUAAAAAAAAAACAAUGCUCCAGCGAAAUGAAAUAAAAUAAAUAAACAUACGACUUAAUUAAAAUAAUACUGCCAAAAGACGUGCACUAUGAGAAAAAAUAUAAUCAAAUAAUUCAUGAAUUCAAUUUCAUUGUUUUGCCUCGUCUCAAUUGUCGUAUAACACAAGCAAAAGUAAAAAAGUUUAAAAAAAAAAUAAACAAAUAAGAUAAACAACAAAAGUAAAUAACCAAACAAAAAAAAGUAUCUUACCGCACGAAAUUGUCCACCGAGGCACGUUCAAUUUGCGCAAGUUUUUCCCAACAGAAUGAACCUUUCUGAACUCAAUGAAUUCGUGGCCACCACUACCACUAUUUCACCUCUUUCUCUUACUUAUACAACAACAACAACUACUUCUACGCCUUCAACACAAGAAUAACCAGGGUGAAAAAAUAAAAAAUAUUCAUAACACAAUUGGUGUAACUACAAACGUGCCAUACUACACAAAAAAUAAUUCUCCCCGAGAUUAUUAAACUUUAUUCUACAAAAGUCUUCUUCCCAGCCAUAAAACGACUGAGUAAUUAUAAUUAUCCUAAAAAAUUCUUUUUUUUUCUUCAAUUACAUCACGAAAAUUUUACUUUUAAUGACUUAAAAUAAUUAAGCCAUUAUUAUUAUUAUUAAUACAAUUUGAUAGUCGAAUAAAAAUAUUUUACAAUAAUACUCGGAAAUAGUUAUAAUCGUAGACUAUUAUCGUUGGUUACAAACCGCAAAACGUCAUCAGUCUACGUCCAACAGUAUAAACGAUUCACACGCGUUAAAGCGGAAUGAAUUAUUCACCGUGGAUCGGCACGACCGGGCGUCGGUUCAGAGUGUCCGUCCGGUGACAAAGUAUCACGAUUUACGUUUAAUCGCGAUUUGCAAGUUGCUUCUACACACAAACUAUACAAUAUCACAUAUAUCUUAUAAGUUAUAUAAAUUAAAUUAUAAUAUAAACAUUAAAAUUAAUCAUAACCUUCUUGAAAAAAAUAACUUUUAAGCCCCCUAUAAACUACCUCAUUAUCAAUCGUCAAUCGCAUUACCAUCAGUAGAUAAUUUAAAAAAAAUAUAAGAUAAUGUGAUAUGCAAAAUGUGCAUAGGGACAAAUGAGGCGUAAAUAUGUGUCUUGUAAAAAAAUUAACCGGGUGGGUAAUGAAAUGUAAGUUGAGGUUAAACACCGGAUGCUAGAAGUGAAUAGAGGCUCAAGGGAGGAAGAAAAAGAGGAAGAAGACCGUAGGAGUGGUUUGUUGGUGGUGAAGGAAAAGAAUGGAGAAAGAUCGACACUACAGAGCUUAUGAGGGCUUAAAAGCCACUAACAACGGUAAUACAUCCUCUUUGAAGCGUAAUACAGAUCCUACGAAACCACGUCCUGGACAAAUCAGAUGUCUUUGUUUUGGUGGAGUACCGGACAAAGCGAGUCAUCAUUCCUUUCUCAAGGGAUGUAUCAUAAAUUUGGGUAUUUGCGUGCUUCUGGCUUGCUACACUCUGCUGGGAAGCUGCAUAUUUCUCGCUAUCGAGGGCGGUGCUGAUGGGGGUCUCCAACAGAGGACACUAGCUACCAUUGCCAGCAGCAAUCAACCGCAUCGCAGGAAUAACACUGUUUGGUUAAAUGAGAUGCUUCGGGAUGCACGGAAUCAAACAGUCGAGAGUAUUUGGCAAAUAACCGAACAUUUAAAUAUCCUCUACCACGAUAAUUGGACACGUCUAGCUGAACAAGAGAUAGCGCGUUUUCAAGCUACACUCGUUAAAAAAAUCGCCGAAGAAAUGACGGCUAAUCAACACGCAGGAACAUACACUGGAAUUACAGCAAACAAUGAUGGGCCAAUCGAGAGCAAAGUACCCGAGUAUGAGUGGAAUUUCGCCAAGGCAUCUUUGUAUUCUCUGACAGUGCUGACCACUAUCGGAUACGGAAGUAUCGCUCCGCGAUCAGUUUGGGGCAAAGUAGCAACAAUGGGUUAUGCUGCGUUAGGAAUUCCUUUGACAUUAAUCUACCUGUCAAGUGCAGGUGGAUUGUUAUCUCGUUGCGCUCGAGGUUUUUUCACACGAGCUUUGUGCUGCUGUCUUUGCUCAAAUUGCGGCUACUGUUGUUAUGAUGAGAGACGAAUGCAGGAAAAAGAAAGAAGAAUGAGAAAGAAACGACAACAAGAAGAAAUGAAUCAACAGCAGCAACAACAAUCGGGCUUACAAGAACCCUUUUAUGUACGAGCUAAUGCCUCAACUUAUCCGAGUUCUGUUGAAAUUAAAGCCAGUCCAAAAGAUGAAGUGUCAAGUCUUGGUUCUGGUGACAGACCUAAUGUUACUAUUUUCGCUCCAAUUGGAAUUUGUCUUGGGAUAAUGCUUUGUUAUAUUGUCGCUGGUGCUUUUACUUUGUACAAAUUGGAAGGCUGGAGUUUUUUAGAUGCCAGCUACUUUUGCUUUAUGAGUUUAAGUACAAUAGGAUUCGGCGACAUGAUACCCGGCCUUUACCCCAGUCAUAGUAAUAUUGGCUCUCAAAAUAAAACAAUAUGGUUUUGCUCGGGUUACAUAAUGUUUGGUAUGGCAUUAACGGCGAUGUGUUUUAAUAUAUUGCAUGAUGAACUGGUGCAUCGAUUAGCGCACCGCAAUGAAACAAACGAAUCUGUCAAACCGAGCUCAAGUGUUGACGAGUUAGCGACAGAUCCAUUCGCCCUUACGUCGUGACAAUUUCCUUCGAGUAAUUUUAGUAACAAUAGAAAUACAACCGAUGAAUCAUUAUGUAAUGAGCAGCCAGUUAGUAUUUUUGCCCAUGAAAAUGAAAUGAAUAUUUUAAGAGACUCGUUUAAUCAAGUUGAUGUUACAAGAGACUGCAAGCCUAUUAUUAAACUUGAAGACCAUAUUGUUGGACCUCCCGCUGUUUAUACACUACCGGAAGUCGAUGAAGAAACUGAGGAAAAUACUGAAAUGUAAAUUUUUUUUUUUUCAUUCAUAGAUUAAUUCAUUACUUUUUUUUUCACUCAAAAAAUUGCGCGCAAUUUAUGAGAUAUUCUCAUAAAUUUUUCUCAAUCAAAAUAAGUAUAAAAAAUUUUUAUUUUGCAAAUAAUUAUUAAUAUUUUUA